GUACUUCACGUAAUUAAUAAAAAUUACAAUUAUGAUAAAGAAAAUAGUAUUAAUAAUCAUAUACAUAAUAUUAUAUACAACGACGCGCCGGAGGCGCAGCGUAACCCUUGUAUUAUAAACAAUCGUCUUACAAUUGAAAAUGGGUUGUUUUAAUAUUUUCAAAUAUAGCCUUGACUGUAGAGAUUUUGAUGAGGAAAAUUUUAAGACCAAAUAGAACUCUGUGAGAUAAUUUUUAAAAAAGUUAUGAAGUGUCUAAAAAAACACAAAUUCUGAUAUUUUGUUAAUUAACAAAUUUCUAGCAACAAUAAAAAAAAAAAAAUCGUAAUCUUGUAGAGUUUAAAAAAAAAACCAUCCUGGCGAAAAAUUGCAUCCAUGAUUUGUUCUUAGUUUUCUUAAUAUUUCGAGUUUAAAAUUUUUUCAUUAUCUACUUUUAUCAAAAAUUAAUUAACUAAUAAUCAAAAUUUUUUCUUUCAUAUCCUUGGCUGUAGAUCUUUUCAAUAACUUUAAUUUAAGCCUAUUUCAAACUCUCUAUCUUGAAUAGUUUAGAAGAUAUGAUUAUUAUUUUUUUGACAUGAUGUCAGGUUUCUGUAAAGAAAGGUAAUCAUAAAAUAUAAAAAAAAUUAAAAAUAAUUGCGAUUAUUUUAGUUUGUCGUUUCUGGGCGCUCAUUUGUACUGGCAAUUUAUUUCUAUGAUAAAAUAUAGGGCCUCUAAUAAUAAAAAAUCAUAUCAAACCUUUAUUUAUUUGUAAAAAAAAUGGCAGGUACUUUUUAAUUUUAACAAUUUUUGGCAUAUGUUUUGAUGAUUGUUUUGCCUUAUCAGAACAAAAAUCAUAUAUGUAAAAUAUAUAUAAAAAAAUACGUAUUUAACGAAGUAUAAGUAUAUAUUUAUAUAUAAGACAAAAUAUAUUAAACAAAGAAAAAUAUUAAUAUAUAUCAGUCUUUGAGUACUUACAAUUGUAAGUAAUUGAAAAGGACUAUUUUUGUGCUCUUCCACGUGCAUCCAUACGAUUUCCAGCCUUUUGCAACGACAGCUUAAUGCGACUUUCAAUCAGUGCAAUAGUAAACAGUAAGUAAUUAGAUGCAUUAAUUGUAACAACACCAUCUGGAAAAAACAACAGAUUUUAGUCAUGCAAUAAUAUUUUUAAAUGAGGGUAGGAAAUGAGCCAGGUUGUGCCUUCGGCUUGCUCGUUUGUCAUCAUCAAUGUCAUAGCUUUAUUAACUGUUUCCGGUCAAUGUUGCAUCAUCAUCAAUGUUAUCAGCAUUCAUUUCUUUGCUGGCUGACUAAAAUCAUUUGAUAGCUGUGUUUCAACUAUUUUAUGAGAUAAUUGAGGGUCCGGAUUCUAUAACACGCUGAGCGCUCGGAGGCCUAUAAAACGUAACGUUGUUCAAGUUGAAUUGACGAAAAUUUCAAAAUGAUUUGAAAAAAAAAAAAAAAAAUACCUUCAUGUGAAAAAUCAAAAAUGACAUUUCCUUUUGAAUAAAUUAUAUUCAAUUAAAAUUAUUUAACCAAUUAAAAAAUAAAGUUUAAUAUUUUUUUUUUCGAAAAAAACAUUAUUUUUCCGGGUCUAACUCGUCAUAACUUUGUUAAUAAUGAAUGAAUCGACUUGAAACUUGGCAUAUAGUUUUGUUAUAGCCUAGCGAUAAUUAAAAUAACUUGAAAAAUAAUAUUUACUUGUAUUGUUUUUUUUUAUUAAUUUAUUAAGUAAUGCUGGUCGGAAAAUACGUUUUUCAAACUUCAAGAUAAAAAAGUGUCGAGGAAAUUUUAGAUUUGAAAAACUUGUCAGUGGCAACAUUGUUCAUCUAUAUAUCAAGAAGUUUUUCUCAAAUUUUCAAAUUUUUCGAGAACCCAACUCGAUUUUUACAUAUCUUUUGUAAAAUUUUCACAGCUUUUUGAAAAAAUAAUUUUUAAACUUGUCAAUUAUGAGGCAACGCAACUAAAACAGCUUUUUCUGCGAAAAACUGGAUUUGCAAAGUGUUAUAAACGUCAAAAAAAAAAAGUAAUAAUUUUUUUGAAAAGCUGAGGAAAUUUCACAUGAAAAAUGAUAUUUCUUUAUAUCAAGAGACUCGGUAGAGUCUCGCCUCAAUUUUUAAAAAGCGAGACUCUUUACCGGGUAUAAGUAUUUUAAGUCAGUGGUCCGUGACGUCGUCGUUUUUAAUUUAUCAAAUCUCGUUCUAAUUAUUUGUUAAAAAAAAAAAAUAAGAACAGUUUCAGUAUGUAUAUCGAUGCCUCUCUUUUCAAUGAGCCUACUCUCGAUUUUUUCCAACAAAUAAUAUAAAAGAUAUAAGAGUCAGUAGAAGCCAGGUAUUAAAUCUUACGAAAAAAUAAAUUUUCAAGCUAGAAUGUCUAAUUUCUUCGGAUACGUUGCGCAUACCCCGCGCAUAUCCCUACUCCUGAAUUUCUUUUUUACAUGCAUAUAUGUGUGUAUAUGCAGCCGCAUGUAUUAGUUAUUUAUCAUUGAUGGUAUAGCAGAAUUUGUUUCUUUUUUCUUUUAUUCAAAACGUACAUAUAUAGUAUAUAUACACGUUUAAAUUUUUAUAUUCCAGAAAAUAAGUAUUCGAAUAUUAUUUAUUAUUUAUUAUGGUAUUCACGGUCAAUUUAAAGUAGACGUAUUACAAAUAUAAUUUAUUAAUAAUUUAGACAAUAUAAGUGAAAUAAAAACAAAACAUAAAUUUACAAUUAAUGUCGCCAAAAAGCCUCAAUUUUGAAAUACCUGUCUAUUCAUCAUACCUUUAAUAAGCAAAAGACGUAAAAUAUCCGAAAGAAUGUCAAAAUUUUGAAGUAUAAAGUUGAAUAAUUUGCUGGAUAAAAAAAAAUUUAAAAAAAAAUUAGGCCCAAUUCGAUACAUGGUAUAAUAAUAAUAUAAUGAUAAAAACUGUAGCGCCUAAUAUUUUCAUUCACCGACAAAAAACUAAAUAAAAGAAGCAAAAAAAAAAAAAAUUCCAAUUUUGAUAAAAUGCCCCAUACAAUAACUGCUAAAAUAAUGGACGAAAAAAUAAAAAAAAAAUACGUAGGUUUUUUUAUUAUCGAGGACUAUAUCAUGUCAAAAUUUCAAGAAGUUCUGAGGAUAAGUCACCCAAACUGACGUCCUCAAUUGGCGUUUUCGCUCAUAUUUAUAAAACAAUUAGGCAGUUUUCUGACGGAAGUUUAUAAAUUUGAUUUUAUAGUUUUUAAAAAAGUGCUUAAUUUUUUAUUCAUAUCAGUAGUAUAUAUAAGACAGUUCUGGCUCACCCACCCGCUGCGAUUCGCGGGUGAUUUCCCGGAAUCCGCGAGUCCUCCCCCAGGGGGUCCGCGAAUUAAUUUAAUUAGGUCAGAUCGCCACAGGGGGUCCUCCAAUUGAUUAAUUAGGUCGAAUCGCCAUGGGGGGUCCGAUUUUUCAUUAGACGCCAUAUUGGUAUUUUUCAUUAGACGCCAUAUUGGUUUUUCUAUAAGACGCCAUAUUUGUUUUUCUAUAAGACGCCAUUAUAAAUUUUUGAAACUUUGAAAUUCCCGGGGUCCCAUUUUUUUUAUAAGACGCCAUAUUGCUUUUUUGUAAGACGCCAUAUUGGAUUUUUUUUAAUGUCAUCUUUGGUUUUUGAAAGACGCCAUCUUGUGUCAUUAUUAUUAUUAAUGGAAAAAAAAUAUUUUCCCCAACUGGGAUUUGAACUUGGACCUUUGGCAUGAGAGUUUGGCACGCUAUCCUCUGAAACAAACAAAAGAUUAUGCUAUUCCCUGUCGGUAAAAGAAUAUUCCUUCAAAUAUUAUUUAAUGAAAAACUAAAUUGCCUUCGAUAGCUCAGUUGGUAGAAGCGAUGGACUGUAAUUGGUUUGAUUAAAAUAUGAGAGACAUCCAGAGGUCGCUGGUUCGAAACCGGCUCGAAGGAAUAUUUUUUUAUUCAUAUAAAAACAAUGUUGAUGGAAUUAAAAAAAAAAAAAAUUUGUCUUGAUGAUGGUUUGAACUGAGGAUCAAUCAUUUUAUAAGUUGGAACCUUAACUCUUGCAUCAUCAAGACAAAUUACAGAAAGUAUUGUAAAUAGUUCCAUUAUUUCAUCAUCUAUAUGAUGUUUAUAAAAUAAGUUGUGGAGGGGGUAAAUAGGAAGUGGAAGGGAUGGAAAAAGAAGGGAGUGGAUAUCCAGAGGUAUAAAAGAAAUAUCAUCAGUUCAGAACUGGUCACUAUACAGUCGAGUUGAAUUGAGUUGAUAUAUUAAAACAAAAUGUCAGCAUUCAUUGAUUUUCAAGGAUUUCAAGAAGCUCAAGGUUUAUUUGUUGUAAAAGAGUUAGUUAUCCAACCAAUAAAUUCAAGAUCUUCACCAACUAUAAAAAUAUUCAAACCACCUUGUGAAAAAUCACAUCUAACAGAAGAAUAUAAAAAAACUGUGAAUAAUUGUGAAAAAAAUUAUCAUGGGAUAUCUUGGGAAGCUGGUUAUGAUCAAUAUAAUAACGUAUCAACAAUAAUCAUUGAAGAAUUAGUUGGAAAGUUUAAUUAUUUAUUUGUCAAAGGUGAAGAUAGAAAAAAAUGGUUAACAUUUAUUUUACGUUUUAAUCCAAUGACAAUUUUUAAUUUGGAAGACUUGGGAUGUCCAGAUAUAAAAAUAUUAGAGAUGGAACAUCCAGCAAUACGACAUGUGAAUUCACAUCCUUUAUGCAGUUCUUACAAAUGUGCAUAUGAAAAUGCACAGAGAUACAAAUACUGGUAUAUUAAAAAAUUUUCAACAAGAGCCAACAUGAAAAAAUCCAUUUUACAUUUUUGUGCAGUUGAAAAUAUAACUGACUUGACACAAAAAGAUAUUGCUACACUUCCAGUGAUGGCUAUUAUAAAAUUUGCAUCACAUCAAAUUGAUGAAAUUUGGGAGAAAUUAUCAGUAUAACAACGUUCAAAUCCAACAAUUUCAAAAUUAAAACGAUGUAAAAAACAUCCAAUACAAAAUGAUUGUGAAGAUGAAGUUGGAAUAUCUUAUUAUGUACUAGAAAAAGAUUGUUUGAAAUGUAAAGAAGGAACUGACAACGGAGAAUUGAAUUUUUUUAAUGAA